GGACAGGUUUGAAGUCGUCACUACACUGUGUGCAUCGAAUCGUAAUUACGUUUACACUCUCUGGUGUCAACAGCCGCGCUCAAGAAACGUGGGGAACGGCGGAACGACGCGUGAAAAAGAAACUAAUGGAUACCGGAAAGCUCAUCGCCCACCCGAGCGUCCGGGUCAGAGGAUCUGAACACAUCUUCGAACCUGUGGAAUGCGCCAGCAAAAAAUGCGGGGUACUGCCGGUUCCUCAUCUGCACUGUCCGUUAUGUAACAAAAACUCAGUGUUUAUGGAUGCACGCAUCGCGAAAGCGCACUACAGAGUCAAGCACGUCGACAAAGGACUGUACUUUGCCGGAUUAAGAAUGCUGCGAUGCUCAGCUACGUGCAGAAUAUCUGGAAGCAUUAAGGGCGAAAAAAAGUUCAGAGGGCCCCACUGGCACUGCUACAAAUGCAGGAACGGUUUUUGCAGACGUGAUGAAGCAAUGAAGCAUUUUGAGACACAUUUCAAGUUGCCACAGACAACAUUUCAGAUUAACAUAGUCCAGGAUGUUAACGAAGGAAUGGGACUUCAGUCAAGUUUGGACAGCAGUUCUGUUGAACAUUCAGAAUGUCAAAUGUCAUCAGCAUCUGAUAUUAGCACAGAUAUGGAUUCAAACACAGCAGUUGCAGUAACGGUUGAUAUGACUGAAGAGCCCCCUGAAAAUUCUGGGUCACCAAAUACCGCAGAAGAACCAACAACAGUCAUGAUUAUUCAGGAGGAGGACACGAGGUCACUCUCAUCUAACCCAGGCUGUGUUACGAAGACCCGUGAGGAAGACCUUUCUGAGAAAAAUUUGUUUCUUGAAAAGCUCUUGACAGAAUUUAAGCAGCAAAUGGACAACCUGAAGGCAAAAUAUACACGCACUGAGAACAUGCUCCAGUUGGAAAUCAUUUCUUUACGUCGCCAGCUAGAAAAGAAGAACACUGAACUUGAAAAUUUGAAGAGGCAGCAGACAGAAUUACUCUCUUCCAAGACACCCCAGUUGAAUUGCUCUCUACAGAAGCUGCUUAAAGCUUUGCAGAACCAACAUUCUGAACUGCUCAGGCAGCAUAUAGCUCAAGCACGAAAUGAAGCCUUCCAGAGUGCACUGAAUGAACUUCAAAAUGGCACCACAAUAUUAGCUGUGGAUAACAGUAGCACCACAUUUCUCCAACAAGAAAGCAGCUCGAUGGUUGCAAUGGUCCUCAAUAGCUCUGGUACGCUUGGAAUCCCUGUGUCCCUGGCCACGAACAGCAGUCCUUCAGUUGUGUGCCCUCCAGCGAAGACUCUGCUGCCAAAACUGGGAACAACAGGAGUGCCAGUAAUGAUUUCUGGCCAGCAAGCGUUUGUUCAACCUCAAUCUAGGAUUGUGCAGCAAGCCGUUGGCAGCUCGAACCUCGUGCUCACUUUAGCUGACUCUAGUGAGGUAUCUCAAAAUCUUAUGUCUAGUGCACAGCAGGGGAGCACUCUUACGUCCAGUGCACAGCAGGUGAGCACUCUUACGUCCAGUGCACAGCAGGUAAGCACUCUUACGUCCAGUGCACAGCAGGUGAGCACUCUUACGUCCAGUGCACAGCAGGUGAGCACUCUUACGUCCAGUGCACAGCAGGGGAGCACUCUUACGUCCAGUGCACAGCAGGGGAGCACUCUUAUGUCCACUGCACAGAAGGGAAGCACUCUUACGUCCACUGCACAACAGGGGAGCACUCUUAUGUCCAGUAAACAGCAGGGGAACACUCUUAUGUCCAGUGCACAGCAGGGGAGCACUCUUAUGUCCACUGCACAGCAGGGGAGCACUCUUAUGUCCACUGCACAACAGGGGAGCACUCUUAUGUCCACUGCACAGCAGGGGAGCACUCUUAUGUCCACUGCACAGAAGGGAAGCACUCUUACGUCCACUGCACAACAGGGGAGCACUCUUAUGUCCAGUGCACAGCAGGGGAGCACUGUAGUUGCUUGCACAGAUCUCCUGUGUCAGUUGCCGUCAGCAUCGUCUGAUAGCAAAGAUGAACAGGAAGCUCCUGAAGAAUGCACGUUGUGAUGCACAGACCAUGUAGACUCCAUCACAUUGAAAGUACUGAUUUGUACUUGUUUUUCAUCCAUCCUGCUCACUUUAGUGGUACGUAAGUUUGUACUACUGCUCUAGACGCAACCUUAAGAUCUCUUACUCCUUUUUUUUUGAACCCUGAAGGAGUCCUGUGAGGAGUACAUAUGCAUCAUCAACCUUUUAUGUGGGCAAAACCACCACACUGCUAAGCUUUACAUAGCUUAAUCCAUACAACGUACAAAAUGGAAUAUUGCUUCCAGGUGACACAAGUCAGUGUUGUGUGUUUCAAGUCAUCCUGAAAUACUGAAAGUUUGUGUCAGACUAGUCUACUUAUUAGUUAAUAAUAAUACUGAGAAGUGUGAAAUAUUUAUUUGAGUGCAGUUUACCUGUUGCACAAGUUGCACAUUCACCCACUACUGAAGUUAUUGGUAGUGUAACUAAUUUUUCAGGCUGUGAACGAAGCCCACAAUACAUCGGGUAAACAUGCAGCAGAUAUAAUGUGCCAUGUUAGAAUCUGCAUUCAGCAAGGCUGCUGUGCAUCUUAAUCUGAUGCACGUGAUGCACAGUAUAGACUAGUGGGUCUCAGUCAUGGAUGUUUCGGAACUUGUGAACAGGUGGAAGUGAUGGGGACCCUUUCAAUGAGAAAACAGGAGUGAUGGGUUGUAAUAGAACAUGCAGAAUGAAAUAGGUGGUUUCUAUAUCUCCUUGACAAAGAAUAGUCCAAGUAAAGCGCCAUGCUUAUUUGGUCCCAACAGCCUGUGAAUAAGUUGUGCAGUCUGCAGUCACGUUGAACCUCUUCUUAGCUAUGUCUACUGUUUCAAUAUGCAAGUUCAAAAAAAUAUGUUGGGGCAUAUAUUUCGUAAAAAACUGCAGCAACAGUUUACAGCGCUCUUGUGAAAAAGAGGCAGCAUAAGUCUGCUCUGCCGCAAUUCAAGAAAGUUGCGAAUUGAGGCUUACUAAAAAUCAGAAGGGGCCAUUGUCAAGGAACAUAAUGUGCCUCCAAACAACACUUUUUUGUUGUAAACCUGCUUUACGAAGACAAAAAGGACUUGACAUUGCAGAGAAGGUGCCUUUUUCAAAAUAGGCAAAAUCAGACUGGGUACACGAUGGAUCCUAUUAUAUUGUGGGCAGCAACUAAAAAUAUUGUCAUGGGUAUAGGAAGGUACUUCUGGCACGAACAUUGAAAUUAUGCCGAAUCAAUGAACACGAGGACGUUUUUGUGGGACUGUGUCUGAGCUGCCCUGUUGUCCUGCGUUUCUCUGUGUUGUGUGAAGUGUUUACCGGACUGGCGUUACAGUGUACUAGAAGGGGAAGUGUGUCGCGCGGCGCUGGAAAGAGGGUCCUUCUUGCAAUGACCGCUCCGCGCGCCACCAGAGGGCGCUACUGGCCACAGGAGCACUACGCUAGCUGCGGUGAUACCUCUGCGAGUGGUUUGCGCGGCUGAUUUGCUGAUUUUUGUAUUGUACCGAGUUGUCGUGCAAGUGCGGCUGUUUAUGCGAUUAAUAACCACUGCAACGCCACCUAAUCAUGAAAUCUAGCCCUUCCACACAAGCUGCAUCACAAUUUAGUGCUGUCACCACUUCUUGCGCAAAAUUUCUUAGACAACGGACGAAACAGACACGGACGGGCACAAACUUCCGUUUGCGUCUGUUGUCUACGAAAUUUUGUGCAAGAAGUGGUGAUUAUAGAAUACCAACUAGCUCGAACCAACACCUUGUUAGUGCUGUCGUCCAGUCGAGCGCGUUUUUUUUUUUUUUUAAUUCAGGGAUAUUUUCAAGCAGUGACAUACCUUCAAGUGGUAUUGGAUAAAUUUUAACGCAUUAACUCAUAAAGCUUAAACAUUUCUAUUUAAUGCAUACAAGUGUCUGUGUUCGGUCAUGCAUAUAGGCGUAGGCCGCCUAUAUCUUUUAUAUUGCUUCCCAUGCUAAGCAGUUGAGAAGCUUCAAGCGAAUGCGUCUGCAUGUGGCUUCUACUUUUGCGACUGGUCGCGCACAAGCACAGACAUAGACAAACAUGAUUCUGAACUUUAUUUUUCAUUCAAAAAUUUUUUCAGCCCAGCUGCUCCUUUCGAUUAAACCAAAAUAUCUUCACAACGAGACACAAACUUAUCAAAAGAAUAAGAUCAUGGUUUCCCUCGUAGAAACCCAGAAAUUAUCAAUUACUAACCCCACCUGUCAAGCAAGCUGCUCAUUUACAUCGCCUCAGCUUCAGGUGUUUCGCCUGUUGUCUCUUAGAGCUGCGCUUCUUGUUCAGUGACUUAGCAUAGAAUCGAAACUGAAGAAGUACAUAAAAUUUCACUAUACUCAAUGUCAGCUCUUUGUGAUGUGUGUCACACCCUGGCUUUGGCAGGUCAACACUUUAGAGGAACAUGGCAAAGUCUUGCAUCCUUUGUGCGUUAAUUUUCUUUGAACUGAAGAAAACGGUAAAUGACUCUUCUAAAGCGCUGACAAGGCCGGAAAGCCCAGAAGAUUAGUAUAACAGACCGCCAUAAUCACAAUGUCUAAUGAAGUCAUUAUUGGUACUUGAUUGACCCUGCUCUUUGCUCAUUGUCAAGAGCCCGUGAUCUGCAAGUUCUUUUCCGGAGCCUUCAGUCUCGAACUGACCCAGAUCAACAAAUCCUUCUAUGGAGCCUGAAAGAGGUAAAGACGUAAGCCGAGAUAAAUGAACACGCAGAAACUAACAGCACAUACGAUGAAACAUAUGGACCAUCCGAUUAAAAAUAAUGAAACAGUUUAACUGUUCACACUUUCCAGAAGGCUUGACAUCAGUGUGUUCAGACAAUUCAUUUCGUCGAAUACUAUGAUGCCAUGCCGACUGUGCUCGUCCAUGUCCUUCGUUUUUUCUUGGAGACCUUCGAACACACUUGGGUUAAAACCAAAGCCGCUCUGGAAGUGCUGUAUUGCCCUCUUUAGACAAAUGUGGCCUGGUAAAGCCAGAAUGUCGUGCUUUCUCGUGUGUUCGUACAGCUUAGGGCUUCGCAUGCGCAUCAGCUUUCACUCAAGAUGCCAUUCACUUUCAUACCUCAUUCCUUUUCUUGACUUUCUCUGUGCUGCUUCAAAACACGCCUUGACAGCUGCUCGCUGCUUCUCAGGAAGGCCUCUAAUUCUUUCAGCUACCGCUUUUUCAGAUAACUGCUCAUUUUUGUUUUCAUAUGACUGAAGCUAAUUCUUGCGUUGCUAAGCUUGGCUUUCGUUCUCCGUAGAUUAUGCCGUAUAUUACGAGGACUUGGUUUGGCAGAUACCUUCUGACGCCAUCUUCUGGAAAGCUGGUUGAGUAUCAGCUUCCUCUGAUACAGUGAACACAAGCACCGAGGGCAUCUGCUACGACAAGCGUGCAGUUCUUCGAAAAGAGCUCCCCAUUAAACGAAGGGCAUUUGCCAGCUAAAGGCUCCAUUCCCACGCCAGGGCACAAAGUCAACUUGCUUACAUUGUUUAUCAGUAACUCUGCCUCCUCUCAUGUUACGAGUUCCUCUUGG